UGCGGCUGCAAUUUUAAAGGAAUUCUCCUAAUUUCAAACCCUUCCUCCUUUUUUUCUGCCUCUCUCUCUCUCCUCUCUCUCUCACACACACACACAGGAACGAUGUCGUUGAGGCCGGGCGCUAGGGCGGAGGUGCGGCGGAGCCGAUACAAAGUGGCGGUUGACGCCGAUGAGGGGCGUAGAAGGAGGGAGGAUAAUAUGGUGGAGAUCCGUAAGAACAAACGCGAGGAGAGCUUGCUUAAGAAGCGUAGAGAAGGUGUUCAACAGCCGCAGCAAUUCUCCGCCUCUCUUCAAUCCUCUCCGCUCGAGAAAAAGUUGGAGAGUCUUCCUUCUAUGGUUAAUGGGGUUUGGUCACCUGAUGCCGGUUUGCAGCUGGAAGCGACCACACAGUUUCGCAAGUUGCUUUCAAUUGAAAGAAGCCCUCCUAUUGAAGAAGUAAUACAAGCAGGUGUUAUUCCUAAAUUUGUUGAGUUCCUAAUGAGAGAGGAUUUCCCCCAGCUCCAGUUUGAGGCUGCUUGGGCACUCACUAAUAUCGCAUCUGGUACGUCGGAGAACACCAGGGUGGUUAUUGAUCAUGGGGCAGUCCCCAUUUUUGUGAAGCUUCUGGGUUCACCCAGUGAUGAUGUUCGUGAACAGGCUGUGUGGGCAUUGGGUAAUGUUGCUGGCGAUUCUCCCAAUUGCCGUGACCUUGUUCUUGGUUGUGGAGCCUUGGUUCCUUUGCUUGCUCAGUUGAAUGAGAAUGCAAAGCUAUCAAUGCUGAGAAAUGCCACCUGGACUUUGUCAAACUUCUGCAGAGGCAAGCCACAGCCUCCUUUUGAGCAGGUAAGACCAGCACUUCCAGCCCUUCAGCGUCUUGUUUGUUCCAACGACGAAGAGGUACUUACAGAUGCUUGCUGGGCUCUCUCAUACCUAUCUGACGGUACAAACGACAAAAUUCAAGCUGUUAUCGAGGCUGGUAUCUGUCAACGACUUGUUGAGCUCCUCCUUCAUCCCUCUCCUUCGGUGCUUAUUCCGGCAUUACGUACAGUUGGAAAUAUCGUGACUGGUGACGAUGUUCAAACUCAGUGUAUCAUCGAUCAUGGUGCACUUCCUUGCCUGUUAAGCAUGUUAGUACACCACCAUAAAAAGAGCAUCAAGAAAGAAGCCUGCUGGACGAUUUCAAACAUCACUGCUGGAAACAAAGAACAAAUACAGGCUAUAAUUGAUGCUGGCUUGAUUGGUCCCUUGAUCAAUCUGCUUCAGUCUGCAGAAUUUGAUAUCAAGAAAGAGGCAGCAUGGGCUCUUUCAAAUGCCACUUCUGGAGGAUCCAAUGAGCAAAUAUCGUACCUGGUGAGUCAGAACUGUAUAAAGCCUUUGUGCGAUCUCCUUGUUUGCCCCGAUCCAAGAAUUGUCACUGUGUGUUUAGAGGGGCUAGAAAACGUACUGAAAGUCGGGGAGGCACAGAAGGCUAGUACUGCAGAUGUCAAUUACUUCGCCCAAUUGAUAGAUGAAGCAGAGGGAUUGGAAAAGAUUGAGAACUUGCAGAGCCACGACAACAGUGAAAUCUACGAGAAGGCUGUGAAAAUACUGGAGACUUACUGGCUAGAGGAGGAUGACGAGACAUUGCCUGCAGAUGAUGGGACCCACACUGGAUUUAACUUUGGGGGAAACAGUGUUCAACUUCCGCAAGGUGGAUUCAGUUUUAGCUGAAGGAUUUUCAGUAAGGUGGGGGAUGAAGCAGUUUCUUUACUUGGUAUUGAUACACUGAUGAUUUGGUCAUAGUCUGGAUGGGUCAAGUCGGGUCUGGUUGGGUCAAGUCGGGUUUGGUCGGGUCGGGUCGGGUCAAGUUGCAGCGCCUCGGUUGGGUUUGAUGAGUCGGUUGUGGUCAAGGAGGUGCCUAGUAAAUUGGGGUCAGUCAUGUGCUGUUGAGUCAAUAAGCAGGACUAUGAGUUCAGCAUGGGUUUGGGUCGGGUCGGGGUCGGGUUUUGUGUUGAGGGAAAUCCUACAGGAAAUGAUUUUCAUUUUCCAACUAUAUAGGAUUGGGAUUGCAGUCUUUUUUUUUUUUUAAUUCGUCUAUUUCAGUUGUUUUUGGUAGGUUUCGCAUGCAUGCUUUAUAUUUGAUGAUUGAACAGAAGAGUUUUUAGUUCUUUGAAGACUUAUAUUAAUUCAUACUUGCAAAAGGUUUUUUGAGUU